AAAAUCAACUUCUGGCAACGUUGGUUGUGUAUACCAUGUGGUUAAAGCCGCAGAAAAUGUCUGCCUCUUCCAGAACGAUUUGGAUAAUAUUUAAACAAUGUACAUCAACUGCUUUGCCGAAAUCACCAUCAGGUCGUGUUCUACAUCAGUUUGGUAUAUCAGGCAACAGAAAUUUCCAGACUUCUAGUUCCAUUUUCCAGAAAAAAAGAGAUUAUUAUGAUGUUCUUGGAGUUCCCCGAAAUGCUUCCUUAAAAGAUGUAAAGAAAGCUUAUUAUCAACUAGCUAAAAAGUUUCAUCCAGAUACAAAUAAAAAUGAUCCUGAAACUAUUAAAAAAUUUCAAGAAGUCUCUGAAGCUUAUGAGGUUUUGAGUGAUGAAAGCAAAAGAAAACAAUUUGAUACAUGGGGUGCUACCUCAGAACAAAUGGGAGGUGGACAGGCUGGACCAAAUGCAGGCCAGGAUUUUACAAGACAUCAAAAUUGGAAUUUUCAGUCUAGUGUUGAUCCCGAAGAACUUUUCCGGAAGAUUUUUGGUCAAGCAGGUUUUCAAGGAGGGAAUUUUGGUGAAGAUUUUGCUGAAUCCAGGUUUGGGUUUGGGGCUGCCCAGGAGAUGACCAUGAACCUGACCUUUGCUCAAGCAGCUAAGGGAGUCAACAAAGAAAUAAAUUUGAAUGUUGUAGACACUUGUCCAAAAUGCCGUGGGUCAAGAAGUGAACCUGGAACAAAAGCUGUAAAAUGCCCAUAUUGCAAUGGUACAGGGAUGGAAACUAUCAGCACUGGCCCAUUUAUCAUGAGAUCAACAUGCAGAAGGUGCAUGGGUUCGAGAAUGCAUAUACCGAACCCCUGCAUGGAAUGCGAAGGAAAGGGUUCAACAGUGCAGAGGAAAAAAGUAACAGUUCCAGUUCCAGCAGGCGUUGAAGAUGGCCAAACAGUGAGGAUGCAAGUUGGCCAAAAAGAAGUUUUCAUCACUUUCCGGGUGGAAAAAUCCAACUACUUUCGCCGUGAAGGUGCUGACAUCCACACCGAUGCCUAUAUUUCGUUCCCGCAGGCUGCUUUAGGGGGAGGAAUCCGUGUCCAAGGAGUAUAUGAAGACUUGGUUGUAGACAUCCCUAAAGGAACGCAGUCACACACACGUAUCCGUCUGAACGGAAAAGGAUUACGCAAAGUGAAUAGUUUUGGAUUUGGUGACCAUUACAUUCACGUGAAAAUCAAAGUCCCUGUCCGCCUCACGGAGAAACAAAGAAACCUUAUCCUGGCCUACGCCGAAGUUGAGGAAGAUACCGCUGGAACUGUGAACGGAAUAACCUACACGAAAGAUGGUAAACGAAUGGAUGGGAUCAAACAAGCGACGAUGGCUGGCUCGGAGUCUCAGUCGGCCAGCCGGGACACCCAGGGGAAAGAACUUGGUCUUCUUGGUCGCCUUAAAAAGGCCAUUUUUGGAUAAGAUAUGAAAUGUCUAGCGACUGCCAUAGUGUAUGUACGAAAAAGGCGAGUGAUGGCUUCUCUAUGGACUCGAAAAGUGCUCGUUCUACUGUUGACGGCGAUUCCAGUUCGAAUGAGACAAAAGAAGAAAAAGCUCAGCGACAAAAAGCAUAAUUUACAUGUUCCAAAUUGCGCUCGCCAAUUUCCUUACUUUUAAAGGAAAAACCAUUUGUAGUCAACUAAAACGAAAACUCGGAUGUAUUGACGAGUUUGUCGCAUUUGUACAAAAUAAACAAUAUCGAGUAAUUGAA